AUGGACCAAGAUCUGCAGAAGUUCAUCGCCAAGGUCAAGGAUGACCCCAUGAUGCCAAUUGACACCAAUUACCUACAGAUCCAGAAGAAGCUCCAAGAGAAUGGUUUGAUGUACCAGCAGACCUUGAAGCCCACCCAGCUCUUGGUCCAUCCACUCAAUAGAGGUGGUGCCAUGCUGUCUGAGAAAGAUCCAAGCCAAGAACUGUCCAACCAGAUGGCCGAGAAGAAAAGCCAGAUUGCUGCCAAUGAAACCAUUGCGCAUGCAUCAGAGGGCACUUUGUGCCCACCAAGUGGCCAGGAAAGGUUUCUCAGUUUGGGUAGCAGCCAUUUGAGCCAGUUUUGCAAGGCUGCGCUCCAUGGCUGCACCACCUCCAAUGAGGAACUUACUGCCAUUUCCCACAAUGGCAACCUUAACCUGCAAGCCUGUUGUGGAAGCCAAGGGAACCAGAACCCAUUCCACACCAUGUGCACAGAAGGCUGGCCAUGGGACAUCAUUGUGUCGCAAGUGGAAGAAACCUUCCCAGAUUUGCCACAGCUGGUCCAAGCAGCUUUGAAUUCCUCCCAUGGGAUUGCCCAGAAACAAACAGAGAUUGAGAUUAUGGCACCCAUGGCCAGCAACUAUGCCCACACCAAUGACUUAAAGAAGGCAUUGCAGCUUGCAGAGAGCACCAAACCCAAGUGCAUGCCUUAUAUUGCUGCCGGCCAUUAUGUCCAGAAAUAUAGUGGUGUUACCAACUUUGACAACAUUCAUGUGUUGGCCCAUGUGAGCAAAGCCUUCACCAACACCUUGACCAUUGGGGAAGAUUUCAUGACCACCAUUGCCUUCAUGGAUUUCAAGGAGAGGUCCACCACUUUUCCAUGGACCAGAGCUGGCCUUUUAGCUGCCAACCUUCAAAGUCCAAUUUGUAAGGUUGGCAUAGGACUUCAUGAUCUUCUCAAUGGCAGCAACACUGGAGCCCCCACCUCUUCUUCCACUGCAGAGCAAGAGGAGAGCCAUGAUGCCAAGUUGAUUGCCAAAAGGAAGUGGGGCAUGGAAGAGAACCAAUUUUACCACCAGAAAGGUGAUUUGAAGCAUUGGCAAUUCAAGUCCAUGACUGACACUGUUGCCAAAUUUGAGCACAUGCCAUUGUUUCCACCCAAAGAUGGCCAACCAUGGGAGAUGGAAGUAGAAUUGGAGGCUUAG